CAAAGCACAUAUAUGUAUAUAUAUACACUUUACAAUUAGUCAUAUACAUAUGACGUAAUAAAUAAAGAUAAUUUAUAAAUAUACGUUAUUAAUAAUAUUUUUUAUCUACAUUGUGUUUUAUCAAAAUGUUGGAAAGUUUGGGUUUGCUCCUGUUGACUGGCGUUCUAUGGGGAUGCACGAAUCCAUUCAUCCGACUGGGUACUAAAGGUUUACGUAAAGUGCAAGCGAAAUCUUGGACAGGCCAGGUCUAUGCGGAAUUAUCAUUUCUAUUGGGAAACUGGAGGUACGUGAUGCCCUGGUUGGUGAACCAGAUAGGGUCGUUGGUAUACUUGAUCGUGGUGCAACGUGUUCCGCUCUCUCUCGCUGUGCCAGCGGCUAACAGCCUGGCAUUCGCGUUCACAGCUCUAACAGGCUCUAUCGUGGGGACCGAGGAACCUUUAGACCAAGGUUCCAUACUUGGUAUAGUUCUUAUAUGCGUGGGAACAGCUCUGUGCUGCUGGGAUAAAAGUUAAAUUUAUAGAAAAAUAUUUUGUAAUUUUUAAAUAAAAUAUAAGGAACUUAUUUUUAAGAACAU